GUGCGCCGAAGGGCAGGGGGCGGUGGCACCCGAUCCCGACCGCUCAAACUUCUGGUCCCGCCCUUAUCGUGGGCGCGGCGGGGGAGGGGACCCCGCGGGCCGCCAGGCGGGAUCCGGCAGCGGCCUCCCGAAACACCCCGAGCAGGUAACCGGAGCCGGCCGAGGGCUGGCCAGGGCGGCGCCGAGGAGGGUACAGGCGCUGGUCCGGCGCGCGGCUGGCGCUCUCGGCCGGGUCUGCUGCGGCGGCGGCAGCGGCGGCGCGCGGGGGAGGAAGAUGCUGCAGUCCCUGGCCGGCAGCUCGUGCGUGCGCCUGGUGGAGCGGCACCGCUCGGCCUGGUGCUUCGGCUUCUUGGUGCUGGGCUAUCUGCUGUACUUGGUGUUCGGCGCCGUGGCCUUCUCUUCGGUGGAGCUGCCCUACGAGGACCUACUGCGCCAGGAGCUUCGCAAGCUGAAGCGGCGCUUCCUGGAGGAGCACGAGUGCCUCUCGGAGCAGCAACUGGAGCAGUUCUUGGUGCGGGUGCUAGAGGCCAGCAACUACGGCGUGUCGGUGCUCAGCAACGCCUCUGGCAACUGGAACUGGGACUUCACCUCCGCGCUCUUCUUCGCCAGCACGGUGCUCUCCACCACAGGUGACCUCUGAACGGACAGGAGUUGGAGGAGGGAUGUGGGAGAAGGAAGGGAGCAUCCAGUUGCCUAUGAUCUGGCAAAAUGGGGGCACCUCUGAUUCAGCAGUUCUCUCAACUUUGGGUGUGCGAGGUUGCCCUUAAACUUUGAAGCGUCACUUCCCUGCACUGCACAACCGGC